GAUGUCAUUGAUCUCGCUCUUGGUGCCAUUCAUCUUCCAAUUACCACCAACAAAGAAUUUCCGUGCCAUGAUUCGUGCGUUUCGUGACAACUGCUCUUGCGAUGUGCAACCUGUAACGAGAUUCUCGAGUUCGCUCGCCCUUCUGACCUUCACGUGCACGUCAAGGUAAUAUAGAGAAAUGGCGAGUGAAGAAAUAAUUGAAGCCAACAAAAAGCCACAGCCCGUGUUCAAAAAUCGUUCGUUCCAACAAAAGUUUCGACCCACUAGUAAUACCGGCAAAAAACGCACGUGGCGUUCAUUAAAACAGGUUUUGGCUCAGGAACGUUCGUUACCGUGGCCAGCCACGAUAAAACAUUACAGUUCCAUCAAUGCACCUCCAAGCUUCAAACCUGCUAAAAAAUACUCUGACAUUUCUGGAUUACCAGCACGAUAUACGGAUCCACAGACUAAAUUGUACUACGCAACAGCCGAAGAAUUCGCGACAGUGCGAAGUUUACCGAUGGAUAUAACAGCUGGAUAUCUGGCUUUACGUGGAGCGUCUAGUAUUGUUGGUUAAACACGAUCUUUUAUAGAUUAUUAUAUUAUAUUAUAGAAGAUAGAUCGUGUUGUCCAAUAUGACUCCUAAAUUUACGUAUUUUAAACACAUGGAAAGUUUUAAAGUUUCACUCACAGAAACCAAGGGAAUAUAUUUCGACAAGGAUAUAAAUGCAAGAAAAAAAAGAUAGAUACAGAAUAAUUCAAUAGACGAAAUAAAGUAUCGAUAUUUUUA